AUGCCUGCUGAAAAGAAAGACAAGAAGAGAAAAACACCAGAGACAAGCUCUGACAUUACCCCAAAGAAAGACAAGAAGAAGACCAAGAAGGAACAAACCAUUAUUGCCAGUACUCCUUCCACUUCUUCACAACCAGCAACUCCAUCAAGCUCUAAGAGUGAUACCUCUCUUCCAUUUUCAACAGAUUCUCCACUCACAUUCAGUCCACCUGUUCCUCCAAGACCAAAGAUAGUUGCCUCUGAAAGAAGAGCUUGNGAGUUGACCACCAACAAUAGAGCAAUUGACAAUCUUUUUGAAUUGUGCUAUUCUAUUCCUGAAUACCAAC